AUGGCCGCUGUCCAGCAACUGCUGGUAAGCCCAUCGCCUGCGCCAGCACCUGUGCCUUCACAGCGAAUCGCCAGCCAAAGCGCGGAAUCUGGCAGCAUGGACGUCGAUAGCAGCGCCAGCAAUGACCCGGUUAUGAUUGACAGUGGACUGAUGAAGGGCGCGCCGCAGACGGGCGAUGCUCGGAUAGUCGUCAUCGUGUAUGGGCAGGGGCAGGACAACGUCGUCUCUGUUUUCGCAGAGGUUCUGGGGAAGCCGGUCAAGCUGAAGCAGCACUUUAAAGACGUUGAUCGUGAGGACGAGGGCUUUGUCAUUGGCCUGCCGCUUGGAGACGCCAAACAGGAUGUGGAAGAGAGGGACCAGCAGCUCCUCGUGGCGAUUAAUGCGCACUGCGUCGACCUAGGGAUGCCUCCCGACCUGCAUCUCUCCAUCCACUGCGACUAUGAGUUUCUCUAUACCCAAACGCCCUUCUCUAGGCGCGACCUCGCACGAUUCAUCUCAUUCACAUUGGGCCAGACUAGCCCGCACAGUCAGCUGAUGGCUAAAUCGAGGACGUUCUUCAUCUCCACCACAUUUCCAGACGUUCAUGCGGCUCUUCCCAACUUGGAUAUUCUCACCGUUGGGGCUGAUGCGGUCGAGAUCCGUGUGGAUCUUCUGCGCGAGCCCCAGGGCGAUGGCGCCUUUUCUGAUAUCCCGAGCCUGAGCUACGUUGGACAACAAGUCAUGCUGCUGCGCCAGCGAACAGAGCUUCCCAUCAUCUUCACCACCAGAUGCACAAACGAAAAUGGAAAGUUUCCCAUGGACAAGCCCGACUUGUACUAUGAUUACCUCUACCGGGCCGUCCAGUGGGGCGUCGAGUAUAUCGAUGUUGAGUUGUGGUUGCCUGAACAGAUUCGAAAGAAGCUAUACGAAAAUAGAGGCAACUCUCGCAUCAUGUCUGCAUUCCACGACUUCUCGGGCACGUUCAAGUGGCCAUCGCAGUACGCACAGGACGUUUUCGUAAAAUCCAAGCAGUAUGCCGAUAUCGUCAAGAUGAUUGCCAUAAUCAACGACCACAACGAGAACUUUGAGCUUGAGUACUUCCGCUCAAAGAUCAAGGCCGAGUAUCCAGACGCGCCGCCACUCUCGGCUGUCAAUAUGGGCGAAAUCGGUCAGUUUUCGAGAACGCUGAACACGGUAUUCUCACCCAUCACGCAUCCCCUACUACCCAUCAUCGCGGCUCCUGGCCAGAUGAGCACGGCCGAGAUCAACGGCGCCCUGGCACUGCUCGGUCAGCUUCCAAAAAAGUACUUUUACGGCAUCAGCAGCGCUGCUGCUCGGAACAUUGCCCCGCGAGCGCCCUUUUACGAGAAAUGCUUCAACGAACUGGGACUACCACACCAGUUUGCUGUGGUAGAGCGCCAGCACAAUAACCCGGCAGGCAUCCAGGCAUGGUGCAACCAGAGAGACUUUGGAGGUGCCUAUCUCGACCCGGGGCUUUCGUACCAGACCAUCAUGAGACACAAUCCUUGGUUUGCGACGCUGCAGAACGGCAAGGGACCAAUCCUGUCCGAGGCGGCACAGGGGAUUGGUAUCAUUGACACAAUCGUUGUGAAGCCUGCGGCUUCCGGAUUGAACGCGACGCCGCCGUCAUAUGACGGUGCACUACCGCCGGGAGGACAGCCGGGCUUGACCUCGAACACCUCAUUAGUCUUUGACAAUGCCAGCUGGAGAGGCAUCCUGUCCACACUAACUCGUGAUCUAGCCCCCUCUGCAUACUUUGACCGCACUGCAGUAGUGCUAGCAUUGACCGCCGACGACGCUGCGCCAGUCUUCUUUGCGCUGAAAGCCCUCAAGAUGUCAAAGAUAUACACCGUUGGCUUCAGGACGCCAUCCACAUUGGCCCGAAACGCGCCUCCGAUCGAACAAUUCAUCAGCAUGGAAAGUCUUCAGCGUGCCCGAUCCGUGGCAGACAACCGAGCGCCGUUUGUCAUCAUAUCAGCCCUUGGCCGAGGCAAGAGCAACAUUGUCGGCAUGUUACUGCGAGUUUUUGGAGAGGCCGAUCCCGAGGCGUCAUCGAACACGAAAAAGGUCUUUUUGAACCUGGCCGAGGCGGCGUCGCACCAGAAGAACGAUCCCGUUGCAGUUGCCGAACAGAGCGGAUUCACCGCAUACGACGCGGCUGACGUUGCGGCCUUUACGACGGUCGAGAGCCUGCGGCUGCUUGUUGGCCAAAACGUUCCAUAUAGCUUCGUACGACUGGCUAGCGGUAGGAACUUGUUCUGA